AAAAUAAAAACCCUAAAUAUGUUACAAUGAAUUUUUGUUUACCCUAAACGUUUGUCAUUGUAAGAGAAGCUUAGCUUACAUUGCUUUAGGGCGUAGGGCUAGUUUGACCAAGAACAAUACGAAUAAGCAUAUACCGAUUAAAGUAGGGGCCUUUAGCGCCAAAACAACCCCAAAGUAUUACUCUCCUUAGCGGUGUUAGGUCCGACACUUCUCGUUGAUUCUCUACCACAAUCAACUCUUUCUGCCUAAACAACAAAAUCUCUCAGAAAGGAGUACUUUUUAGUCUCUUUAAGCUUCUUCUUCUUCUUCCCUGAAAACUCAAACAAUUUAUUCUUUUUCAUUUUUUGUUUGGUUUUCAAUCUCAAAAUUUCAAACCCUUACUUUUCCCAUCGGCAGUACUAUUAAAGCUUUUUCUUUUUUAAUCCUAACAUACGUUGUUUUCACGCCAACGCAAAACCCAGUUAGUAUCAUGAAACGAGGGUACACAGAAUCGCCAUCUACCUCUCUUGGGCCACCCCAAUCCAGAAUCAAACACAACCCAGAUGGUGAUGCAUUUUUGGAGGAUGAAAGCACAAAGAUUUUUGCUCGUAAAGUGGCUGACCAUUACAGUGCAAGGACAAAUCAAACCUUAGAAGAGCGAGAAGCUAGUGUAAUUAUACACUUGAAGAAACUUAAUAAUUGGAUUAAAAGUGUCUUAAUUCAGCUGUAUGCUCGUAGAGGUGACGCUGUUCUUGAUCUUGCCUGUGGCAAGGGAGGUGAUCUUAUCAAAUGGGACAAGGCCAAAAUUGGAUAUUAUGUUGGUAUUGAUAUAGCUGAAGGAUCAAUAGAAGAUUGUCGUACUCGUUACAAUGGUGAUGCUGAUCAUCAUCAACGCCGUAAGAAGUUCUCAUUCCCUGCACGCCUCAUAUGUGGAGAUUGUUAUGAAGCUCGAUUGGAUGAAGUUCUGGCAGAUGAUGGACCCUUUGAUAUUUGUAGUUGCCAGUUUGCCUUGCAUUAUUCCUGGUCUACUGAAGCACGUGCACGGCGAGCCUUGGCAAAUGUGUCAGCUUUACUUCGUCCUGGUGGUAUUUUCAUCGGAACUAUGCCCGAUGCCAAUGUGAUCGUUAAAAAGCUUAGAGAAGCUGAAGGCCUGGCCUUUGGUAAUAGUGUCUAUUGGAUACGUUUCGAUGAAGAGUUUUCUGAAAAGAAAUUCAAAUCUUCAAGCCCUUUUGGCAUCAAGUACAAGUUUCACCUAGAGGAUGCAGUGGAUUGUCCUGAAUAUAUUGUGCCCUUUCAUGUCUUCAAAGCAUUAGCAGAAGAGUAUGGUUUGGAGCUAGUUUUCGUGAAGAAUUCACAUGAUUUUGUACAUGAAUACAUGAAAAGGCCAGAUUAUGUGGAGCUCAUGAGGCGGCUGGGUGCCUUGGGUGAUGGUAACCAAGAUCAUAGUACGUUAUCGCCAGAUGAAUGGGAAGCAGCUUAUUUGUACUUGUCAUUCGUUCUGAGAAAGCGUGGGCAAACAGACCGGACACAAAACAAUGGAAAAAAAGACAAAGGGCAGAUGCAUAUACCAAAAGAGGACAUCAUGAACAUCAGUGGUUGAUCUUCACAUAACAGCCAAUGUUUUUUCCUAAGCUCCAUUCUCAACCAGACCAAAUAAGAAGCCUUUUGCCACUUAUAGCAGCUUCGCCAAUGGCUACCACACACAUCAUUAUCAUUCAAAAUGGUGUAACUAUUCAAUUUUGUAGAUUUAAAAUAUUUGUUCAUUUUGCUUCAAAGUAUAAUUAUAGAUGAGUGUAGUUAAAUUUCAAUUCUGCAUAUUUUUAUUAUAAGUAUAACUAUUAUAGUUUGUAUCAUGCCAAACCAAACUUGUUAGUAUCAAUGCCAUAAUGAGAAAGGUCCUCAUCAUUAAAUUAA